AUGGAGAAGAUGUCUCGAGUGACCACGGCCCUGGGCGGCAGUGUACUGACGGGCCGCACCAUGCACUGCCACCUGGACGCUCCAGCGAACGCCAUCAGCGUGUGCCGGGAUGCAGCCCAGGUGGUGGUGGCCGGCCGAAGCAUCUUCAAGGUGUACGCCAUUGAGGAAGAGCAGUUUGUGGAGAAGCUGAACCUGCGCGUGGGCCGCAAGCCCUCGCUAAACCUCAGCUGCGCGGACGUGGUCUGGCACCAGAUGGACGAGAACCUGCUGGCCACAGCGGCCACCAAUGGUGUGGUGGUUACUUGGAACCUGGGCAGGCCGUCCCGAAACAAGCAGGACCAGCUGUUCACGGAGCACAAGCGCACGGUGAACAAGGUCAGCUUCCACCCCACUGAGGCCCACAUGCUGCUCAGUGGCUCCCAGGACGGCUUCAUGAAGUGCUUUGACCUGCGCAGAAAGGAUUCGGUCAGCACCUUCUCAGGCCAGUCUGAGAGUGUGCGGGAUGUGCAGUUCAGCGUCCGGGACUACUUCACCUUCGCCUCCACCUUUGAGAAUGGCAAUGUGCAGCUUUGGGACAUCCGGCGGCCUGACCGCUGCGAGAAAAUGUUUACAGCCCACAACGGACCUGUCUUCUGCUGCGACUGGCACCCCGAGGACAGGGGCUGGCUGGCCACCGGCGGCCGUGACAAGAUGGUGAAGGUCUGGGACGUAACCACGCCCCGCGCCAGGGAGGUGCACUGUGUGCAGACUAUCGCGUCGGUGGCCCGUGUCAAGUGGCGGCCUGAGUGUCGCCACCACCUGGCGACCUGCUCCAUGAUGGUGGACCACAACAUCUACGUGUGGGAUGUGCGCCGGCCCUUUGUGCCAGCCGCCAUGUUUGAGGAGCAUCGUGACGUCACAACAGGCAUCGCCUGGCGCCAUCCCCAUGACCCCUCCUUCCUGCUGUCUGGCUCCAAGGACAGCACGUUGUGCCAACACCUGUUCCGGGAUGCCAGCCAGCCCGUGGAGCGAGCCAACCCCGAGGGCCUCUGCUAUGGCCUCUUCGGGGACUUGGCCUUCGCCGCCAAGGAGAGCCUGGUAACCACCGAGUUGGGCCGCAAGCCCUAUGCUGGUGACCGACGCCACCCCAUCUUUUUCAAGCGCAAGUUGGACCCUGCUGAGCCCUUCGCUGGCCUGGCCUCCAGUGCGCUCAGCAUCUUUGAGACAGAGACCAGCGGCAGUGGGAUAAGCUGGUUCGUGGACACGGCCCAGCGGUACGCCCUGGCCGGCCGCCCACUGGCCGAGCUCUGUGACCACAAUGCCAAAGUGGCACGGGAACUGGGCCGAAACCAGGUGGCUCAGACGUGGACCAUGCUGCGAAUCAUCUACUGCAGCCCCGGUCUGGUGCCCUCCACCAACCUCAACCACAGUGUGGGUAGGGGCAGCUCCUGUGGCCUGCAGCUCAUGAGCAGCUUCAACCUCAAAGAAAUGGCCCCUGGGCUGGGCAAUGAGACAUGGCUUGACCGCAGCAAGGGCGACACCCGGAGCGACACAGUGCUGCUCGACUCCUCGGCCACACUCAUUACCAACGAGGAUAAUGAGGAGACGGAGGGCAGUGAUGUACCAGCUGACUACCUCUUGGGCGAUGUGGAGGGUGAUGAGGAGGAACUGUACCUGCUGGACCCAGAACACACGCACACUGAUGAGCCCGAGUACGUGCUGCCCCAGGAGGCCUUCCCACUGCGCCACGAGAUAGUGGACACACCUCCGGGGCCCGAACACCUGCAGGACAAGGCCGACUCGCCACACGUGAGUGGCAACGAGGCAGACACGGCGUCGUUGGCGCCCGUGGACUCCUUCUCCCUGAUCUCAGUUUCACAUGCCCUUUACGACAACCGCCUGCCGCCCGACUUCUUCAGCACCCUCGUGCGGGACAUGCUGCACUUCUACGCUGAGCAGGGCGAUGUGCAGAUGGCAGUUUCUGUGCUCAUCGUGCUCGGGGAGCGUGUGCGCAAGGACAUCGACGAGCAGGCGCAGGAGCAUUGGUACACGUCCUACAUAGACCUGUUGCAGCGUUUCCGGCUCUGGAACGUGUCCAACCAAGUGGUCAAGCUGAGCACCAGUCGUGCUAUCAGCUGCCUCAACCAAGCCUCCACCUCCCUGCACGUCAACUGCAGCCACUGCAAGCGGCCGAUGAGUGGCCGGGGCUGGGUCUGCGGCAGGUGCCAUCGUUGUGCCAGCAUGUGCGCCGUCUGCCACCACGUGGUCAAGGGCCUGUUCGUGUGGUGCCAGGGCUGUAGCCACGGUGGCCACCUGCAACACAUCAUGAAGUGGCUGGAAGGCAGUUCCCAUUGUCCCGCCGGCUGCGGUCACCUCUGCGAGUACUCCUGAGUCGGCCCCUGCCCUGAGUCGGCCCCUGCCUCGAUGCCUCCUGCCCUGCCCGGACUUUGUGCCCAGGAGGAAGGGCUGGGACUUGUGAACCAAAUAAA